ACUAAAAAAAAAAAACACUGCCAAAUAAAUUAAAAGUAUUUAAGGAGUAUUGAGAAUAUAUUGAAAGUGGAAAGAGAACUGAAUGUAAAAAUGCAAAAGGUAUCUAUUAAUAGUGAAUGUGGCAAAGCAUCAAUGUCCAACGGCUGUUGCAAUGUUGGUGCAUGUAAAUUACAAAAGCGUGCAUCUUGCCCAUGUGUGGCCUCUAAAAUCGCUUUUACGUCUCUGCCAAAUGGCUUGACAAUGAAUAACAAUAAUAAUAGCAAAGAAUUACAAUGCACUAGUUGCCACUGUAGUGACGAAACGGACAAAUCUGUUAGCCGUGUCAGUAAUAAAGCUACCUCCUCAGAAGCAGUUAACGAUGAUAAUAUUUUAUGCCACAAAAGAGCAAUAGAAUCGUUUGCGAGUGCUAGUGUGGCGGAGAAACGAAAAAUGAUCCUUGAUUUAUGUCAACAAUUAGUGCUUACGGACGAGCAAAAUCAAGAAUUGACUCGCCGUAUCCUGCAUGAAAUUAAGAACGGCUUGGCAAAGGAAACUCAUAAAAAAGCUGAUGUAAAGUGCUUCGUUACCUACGUUCAAGACUUGCCAAAUGGUAAGGAACGUGGCAAAUUUUUGGCUCUUGAUCUUGGUGGCACAAAUUUCCGUGUAUUACUUAUUCAUUUGAAGGAGGAGCAUGACUUUCAAAUGGAAUCGCGAAUUUAUGCCAUACCAGAGCAUAUAAUGGUAGGCUCAGGUAAACAACUUUUUGAUCAUAUAGCGGAAUGCUUGUGCAAUUUCGUGACUGAACACCAAGUAAAAUAUGAAUGUUUACCAUUGGGCUUCACAUUUUCGUUUCCACUAAAGCAACUAGGGCUCACUAAAGGCUUACUUGUAACUUGGACAAAGGGCUUCAAUUGUGAAGGCGUAGUAAACGAGGAUGUAGUACAACUGCUUAAAGAUGCGAUAGCCCGGAGAGGGGAUAUCAAGAUCGAUGUCUGCGCUAUACUUAAUGAUACAACCGGCACUCUGAUGUCUUGUGCCUGGAAGAAUCCUAGUUGUAAAAUUGGUCUAAUUGUCGGUACUGGUUCAAAUGCUUGCUAUGUGGAGCAAGUAAAGGAAUGUGAAAUGUUUGACGGCGAUACACAUGGCAAACCCCAUGUAGUUAUAAACACCGAAUGGGGGGCCUUUGGCAAUAAUGGCUCAUUGAAUUUCGUACGCACGGAAUUCGAUGAAGAAAUCGAUCGUCAUUCGAUUAAUCCCGGUCAACAAAUAUUUGAGAAAAUGAUUUCCGGUAUGUACAUGGGCGAAUUAGUGCGAUUAAUUAUGGUGAAAAUGGUUCAGGCUGGUGUACUGUUCAAGGGACGUAGCUCAGAUGUUCUAAUGACGCGUGGCCAAUUUUUUACAAAAUACGUUUCCGAAAUUGAAGCUGAUGAACCCGAUACAUACAGCAAUUGUCAUAUGGUUCUAGAAGAGCUCGGUCUAACUGAAGUUACUGAUGAUGAUUGUGCCAAUGUUCGUUAUAUCUGCGAAUGCGUUUCGAAACGAGCCGCCCAUUUAGUGUCAUGUGGUAUUGCUACGUUGAUUAACAAAAUGAAUGAACCCCAUGUUACUGUUGGCGUGGAUGGCAGUGUUUAUCGCUUCCAUCCGAAAUUCCAUCGUUUAAUGGUGGAAAAGAUUGCACAAAUUGUUAAGCCAGGCUUAACUUUCGAGUUAAUGCUUUCUGAAGACGGUUCUGGUCGGGGUGCGGCUUUAGUAGCAGCAGUAGCCAGUCGAGAGGACAAUGUAAGCCAUAAAAAGUAAGAUAGGAACAAAAAAAAAAAAAAAAAA